CCGCCUCGGCGGGACGGGAGCGCCGCGCGGGGUCGGCGGCGGGAGUGGGCGGUGAGCGAGGACCCCGAGCCCCCGGAGCCGCCGGCGCCCGCCAUGGGCCUCCUGUCGGACCCGGUGCGCCGGCGCGCCCUCGCCCGCCUGGUGCUGCGGCUGAACGCGCCGCUGUGCGCGCUGAGCUACGCGGCGGGCGUCGCCUGGUUCCUGGCGCUGGCCUUCCCGCCGCUGACGCAGCGCACCUACAUGUCGGAGAACGCCAUGGGCUCCACCAUGGUGGAGGAGCAGUUCGCGGGCGGGGAGCGCGCCCGGGGCUGGGCCCGCGACUUCGCGGCGCACCGCAGGAAGGCGGGGGCUCUGCCGGCGGCCUGGCUGGAGCGUGCCAUGCGGUCCGUGGGGCUGGAGGUGUACACGCAGAGCUUCUCCCGGAAACUGCCCUUUCCCGAUGAGGCCCACGAGCGCUAUAUGGUGUCGGGCACCAACGUGUACGGCAUCCUGCGGGCCCCGCGCGCCGCCAGCACCGAGUCCCUGGUGCUCACCGUGCCCUGUGGCUCCGACGCCACCAACAGCCAGGCUGUGGGGCUGCUGCUGGCACUUGCUGCCCACUUUCGGGGGCAGAUUUACUGGGCCAAAGACAUCAUCUUCUUGGUGACAGAGCAAGACCUCCUGGGCACGGAGGCCUGGCUUGAGGCCUACCACGACGUCAACGUCACCGGCAUGCAGUCCUCCCCUCUGCAGGGCCGGGCUGGGGCGAUCCAGGCAGCUGUGGCCCUGGAGCUGAGCACUGAUGUGGUCACUAGCCUGGACGUGGCCGUGGAGGGGCUCAAUGGGCAGCUGCCCAACCUCGAUCUGCUCAACCUCUUCCAGACUUUCUGUCAGAAAGGGGGGCUGCUGUGUACUCUGCAGGGCAAGCUGCAGCCCCAGGACUGGACGUCAGUAGACGGGCCGCUGCAGGGCCUGCAGACACUCCUGCUCAUGGUUCUGCAGCAGGCCUCUGGCCGCCCCCACGGUCCUCACGGCCUGUUCUUGCGCUACCGCGUGGAGGCCCUGACUAUCCGCGGCAUCAACAGCUUCCGACAGUACAAGUAUGACUUGGUGGCAGUGGGCAAGGCCCUGGAGGGCGUGUUCCGCAAACUCAACCACCUCCUGGAGCGCCUGCACCAGUCCUUCUUCUUCUACCUGCUGCCUGCACUUUCCCGCUUCGUCUCCAUCGGCCUCUACAUGCCUGCUGUCGGCUUCUUGCUCUUAGUCCUUGGCCUCAAGGCUCUGGAGCUGUGGAUGCAGUUGCACGAGGCGGGAGUGGGCCCCGAGGAGGCUGGGGGGGGCCCUGAAUCUAGUCCUCCUCUCCAGCCAGCACAGAGUGUGGGGCUGGCCUCGCUUGUGGCGCCUUUGCUGAUCUCACAAGCCAUGGGCCUGGCCCUCUACAUCCUGCCAGUGCUGGGCCAACACGUGGCCACCCAGCACUUCCCCGUGGCUGAGGCCGAGGCCGUGGUGCUGACCUUGCUGGCCAUCUAUGCAGCCGGCUUGGCCCUUCCACACAGCACCCAGCGGGUGGUGAGUGCACGGGCCCCAGACAGAGGCUGGAUGGCGCUGAAGCUCGUGGCCAUCAUCUACCUGGCGCUACAAUUGGCCUGCAUCGCCCUCACCAACUUCUCACUGGGCUUCCUGCUGGCUGUCACCAUGGUGCCCGCUGCGGCGCUCACGAAGCCCUAUGGGCCCCGGCCACUCUAUGCUACCCUGUUGGUGCUGACGAGCCCCGCAGCCACGCUCCUGGGCAGCCUGUUCCUUUGGCGAGAGCUGCAGGAGGCGCCGCUGUCGCUGGCCGAGGGCUGGCAGCUGUUCCUGGUGGCAGUGGCCCAGGGUGUGCUGGAACACCAUACCUAUGGCGCCAUGCUCUUUCCACUGCUGGCUCUGGGCCUCUACCCCUGCUGGCUGCUUUUCUGGAAUGUGCUCUUCUGGAAGUGAUGCGUGGCUGCCCUGCAGUGUAGACUCUGGAUGGGAGCUCCCCCAGCACCCCCGUGUUGUCUCCUUGGGAAAUAAACAGGAGUUUUGUUUCA